ACCAGCAUGUAUUUUUUUUCAGUCCCAGCUUGUUGGACGACUGAACCCUCUGCUAUCCCUCGCUGAGCGCACGGACCGCUGCGAGAAAUAAGAGUCAGCCGCAGUCGGAGGAUAACAUGUCAGUGAUGUUCGGCAAGGCGAAGUCCUGUGCUGAAUGUAACCUGGUGCUGCUCGGGGCCAUGGGCUGUGGGAAAUCAGCACUCGCAGUCAAGUUCCUCACAAAACGAUUCAUCAGUGAAUAUGACCCUUACCUUGAGGAUAUCUAUUCAUCAGAGGAGGUUGUGGACCAGCAGCCCGUUACAGUGAGAGUGAUGGACACAUGUGACCAGGGGGUUCCAGUCAAUUGUGAGCGUUAUCUGUCAUGGGCCAAUGCCUUCCUGGUGGUCUACAGCAUCAAUAACACGGAGAGCUUUAAAGGCUGCCAGCUGUACCUGCAGACGCUUGCUCUGCACAACAAAACCUUCAGGCCACAAACUCCCAUCAUGCUGCUGGGCAACAAGCUGGACAUGGACAGAUACAGACAGGUGAGUCAGAGCGACGGCGAGGCUCUGGCCUCCCGCUUCGGCUGCUCCUUCUUCGAGGUGUCGGCCUGCCGGGACUUCCUCUCCGUGCGGCACGUCUUCUACGAGGCGGUGAGGAGGGCCAAGAGAGGGGGCGAGCGGGGCCACCUGGUCCGGGCGGUGUACGUCAGCGAGGAGCGAGCGCUGCUCGGCCUCCCGGCCUUCACCACUCCCUGCUACAAGGAGCUGCCGGCUCCCGCCACCGCCAAGCUGGUCACGGUCAAGACGUCCAGAGCCCAGAGCAAGAGACGCGCUGCCACCCUCACCCUGCUCAAAGGUUUCAAGAUCUUCUGACGCACCGAGCCCCCCCAGCCCCCCCGCCUCCCCAGCACUGUGUCAUCCGCCACUGCAACUCACACACCCAUGGCUUCAGCAGCCAACACAGGCGGUGGUGCCGCUUCUCCUUUGCAGCGCUAAGCCUUUUGUUCAGCUCUUUUGUGCACUUCAGACAUGGGAACAGAGCAGAUAAAGCAUACUGUAUCUUAAUGGACCCGAGGCUGAUGGAUGCUGAGCAGCGGCUGCAACGAUCUGUCAGCUUAAAAGCAAAGAAUAAGUAAAAGCAGAAAUACACUGCUACCUGACUCCUUAAGUUCCAACAUAUGGGUCGUGUCUGCCGUGGACAUACAGCACAUCGUCAGCUGGAUGUGGAAGAAUAGAUGUAUGUGUUUACAGCUCUGAUCAGAGCCGCCCCCAGCGUUGCACAUCAACUCCAGACCCACAAAAAAGAAGAUGGAUGGAGACAUCUUUUGUUUUUGAACAAAUCACUGACUGCUGCUACUGACAAUAGUCAACAGAGGACGAAGGCAGCAGAUCAUCACUCAAAUGAUUAUUCAAGGCAAAGCCUGCAUUCAUGCAGUAAUGCGUGAUGGUUAAGUAGUGUAAUAGCACAACUACGUCAUAUAAUGGUGCUUUUCCACUAGUACCUACUCAGCCUCGUCCUCUACUCGGUUUGGUUCUUUUCUACUAGGGGUCUAACGUGUCGAGUAGAUACUUUUCUGUAUCUAUUCUACCAAGGUUCUAAGCGGCUGAGUCGGCUGUAUCUGACAUCAUCACACUACAGACCACCGAUUGGUCGGGGGGUUGGAGUCAGACGUCUGAGUCAGGAUGUGACAUCAGCGAAAGAGACUCUGGUGGCUUCUUGUUCAUUUUAUUCGACAGGCAAUGGCAGCAAAAGUCUGUUUGGUGAUCCAACUCUGAGGUGCAGAUGUUCAUAAACCUGGUGCUGAGGAGAGAAUUAAAAAGGGAUCUAGACGGGCGAUGAGGAACGACCAGAUCUACCAGGAGCUCUGUCUCUUCAUAGCUGCUCGCAGCUACCAACAGACUUUUCAGCAGCGCUGAGACAAACAAAAAAGAAAUUAAAAAGCGUUGCCACUUGAAGCUUCUCUCACUCUCAUUUUUUAACUUGAUAUCGAACACAAGCAAAAGACCCAGCAGCACAUCUAUCUGUCAUGGUUGGUCCUCCAGCCUUCAGUGGUUUUCCACUCCCCUCUCUCCUGCUCAUUCCAUCUGCCAGCCACGCCCACCUCGUCACUCACUCCAGUCACCUGCUCUCCCAGCUGCAGCUCCUCAACAAUCAGGACAGCAUAAGAGCUCCUCUCUCCUGCACUCUCACUGCCAGAUCAUCACUCAACGUUUGUAGUUGCGAGACCCUCCAGCAUUCCCUGUCUUGACUUCCCGUUGCCGACCCUGCCUGUUCCUGGAUCCUGCCUUGUCUCCUGCUCUCCGUUGCCUGACCUUGUCUUCUGAACCUGACACCGAUUGCUGCCUGAUUCUUGUCUUGCAUUCCUGCCUGCUCUUCGUCCCUGUUGAGGGUAAUAAAGCAAACCAGACAAACUACCACCGUGUGCUCCGUGUGCUGCAUUUGGGUCCAAAACCUCACCCCGUAACAAUAUCAUCUCCUCCAGGUUCUAUAUCUUUAGUGUUGUUGUCUUCUUCGUUUAGAUCACACAAUCAAAUACAUCACAGCAGCUUCUCCAACCUCCUACUUCUGCUCCAGGUGCUGAAUUGUUAUGGAAAAGAAACUUGGCCGGGUUGAGAUGAGUAGAGUCGAGUAGGUACUGGUGGAAAAGUGCCAUAUGGGAGGCCAAAAAAGACAGGUAGGAAGAUUUGAAGACUUUUGACUGACCGGCGACGUCACAUGCAGGAAUGCCGGAGACGUGCAAAUGCGGGAAAAGAAUUCCAGGUGUUUCCAUUAGAGGUUUUUAUUUGUGAUAUUGGAAAAGUGACUAA